AUGGCGGAUCCAAAGUCGAUCGACGAAGUGUUCACUGCGUGUGGCCUCGUCUGGGAGCAGUCUGAGAACCUCAUCCUCUGCCAACGGUGCCAAUCCGCACUCUGUCCGCGGGGUUCGCAGGUCACCCAGCAUCUGCAUAGCAAGCAUCGCGUGCCAUUGCCUCUCCGGAAGGGCCUCACUGUCGCCUUACGACGCCACCAUAUCCGUUUCCAGGAACCUUCCCAUGCUGCCCCUCGUCCCGACGGCUCUCCGGCCGAUGCUCGUUUACGGCUAUACACGGGGUAUGCAUGCCGUCAGUGCGCCUACCGCACCGUCAGCCGCGACCUUCUCGGCCGCCACCUAUCCCAGGAGCAUCUCCAGCAGCAGCGCGCCUCCCACCGUCGGGCGAAUGACCUAUACAACGAUGUCUACCUGCAGACUUGGUCCCCGAGCUCGUCCCGACAGUAUUAG